AUGGAGAAAAAUAAUGAGGCAAUCGGACAAAGCGAAUCCACCAAUCGUCGCGUACUAAUCUCGUUCCUGCGGAACAAAGUUAUCGCGAUGACUCGCAGACUCGAGUCGAUUAGUGACAAAACUAUGGUCGAGGUAAUUUCGGUGAGAAAUCGUGCUGCUUUAAAAGCCGAUUUUUUUCUAUUACGUACCACAUCCCUCGAAGCUUCUCCCGUUGCCGAAUCUAUUCCUUUCGGAGCCGAAAACUUUUGCGCACAUUUGCACUAUUCCAAUAAACUUACACGGAGUUCCAACAACAUGGGCAGUUCGAAGCUUACGGAUGUGCAGUUGCAAGAAAAAAUGCUAAACUUCUCAUCGAAAUACUACAAAGCGCUUUGUGAUCAGUGUAUUCCCGUACAAUCGGAAUUCAAAACGGUGGCGCCCCUGAACGCUUUCAUGUUGACAUCUUUUUUGGCUUACGCAGCUAAUGAGAAGUCGAUGAAAGAUUUUUUUCUAAAAAAGGUUGGCUUUGACGACGAGACCAAACUAAACGAAGCAAAAGACGUUUUUAAAACUUGCUUGCCCGCACUAGAGAAAUGCGGCUUUACCUUAUCGAUGGAAGUUGCGCAUACUUCUAAAAACAAGCCAAUCGAUGGGUUUAAAUGGGCUGAAGAAAAAUUGAAGAUAUCUUACAAGGAAUCUGCGGCAACAGCAGAACAAGAAAAUGUGGUUCGCGUUCAUAGCAAAUUGUCCUUCAAACCAAUUUGGGUCGAUGCAUUUAAAUCGGCUGACACCAAAUUACUCAAUUUUCGUCAGCAUAAUAAUGGAGCCAAAGAUAUAAAAGUGCCAAUGAUGAGUCGCGAAGGGUUGUAUCGCCAGGGCGACCUCGCCGGUUUCGCCGCAAAAUUCAUUGAAAUUCCUUUGAAGAAAACAUUUGAAGAUCUUCCGCUCUCCAUGUUCGUUAUAGUCAUGAAAGAGGAUUACAUCGACGACGCAGACACUUUUCUACAUAACAUAUGUAAUAUGGAUUUUAAAAGGCUCUACUUCGACCGAACCAGUACUGAGACCGCAACAAAGUUUACUCUUCCAAAAAUUCAUGCCAAAACAAUAAUGUGUCAAGUACAUUGUGAGGAGUUGCUCGAACGGGGUGCUUCGUUCACGUGCACCAAAGCAACGCACUGCGAUGAUCUGAUACUUUCGAAGAGUGAAACCGAUUUCAAUAACAUUUUUGCAAAAGCCGUCAUGAAGACUUUUGUAUCGGUUUCUGCUGUCAUCGACGAGACAGGCACUGCUCACUCGAUGACUAGGAAGCGACGAGCUACCGCCAGGGCUCCAGUCCGCGGGAGGGUGCCCCGCGACUCUGCGUUACCUGCGCCUAAACUGUUCGAGGUGAACCGUCCUUACGUGAUGGCGAUCAUCGCGAAAAAGGGCACUGACGACCCCCGUCCUUUAUUGAGUAUCCAAAUAACUGGCCACGAUUUAAAAGGCUCUGAGGACAAAAAGUUGAUCCCUGAAGAAAAAAAAAAGAAUUAUCACACAGGACUACCCACGAGUGGAUCAUGCGUGAUAAUAUAAUGGACGAGAAACUUCUACCCUCGCAAUAAAAGGAUUAGCGAAAUUAAACUGCGAGUCAAGCUUGUCCAUUACGUAGUAAAAAAAAAUGAUAAAAAUCAUUGUAUAUUUACUUCAAAAUAAACUUGGUUGCCCAUACCGUUUUUCAAAUA